CAUUCCUUCUCUCUCAUCCGCAAUACUACUCACUUUCUCUCUCUACGAUCAAUCUCUCCAUGCCCUAGCUCGCCUCUGUCGCCAGAAGACCCCGCGCACUUUGCCGCUGGCGUUUUUGCUGGCAAGAUAUCGGAGCUACGGCUUUUUGUUCUCUGUCUUUAGGGUUUUAUCGGGAUUGGAUUUGAAUCCGGAAUUCGCAAUUGGAUUGGUUUAGAAACGACGGCAUCGGGGAGUUUUUUAGGGUUUUGAUAUCUUCAUGGCUGGUGGCCGUAAAAGGGGAGCGAGCAAGGCCAAGGUUCAGGAUUUGAGUUUGGGCGAUCUUGUUCUGGCCAAGGUCAAGGGCUUCCCUCCUUGGCCUGCUAAGGUUAGCCGACCUGAGGAUUGGGAUCAAGGUCAUGAUCCGAAGAAAUACUUUGUUCAUUUCUUUGGAACACAAGAAAUAGCUUUUGUUGCGCCGGGUGAUAUACAAAUAUUCACCAGUGAAACGAAGCGUAAAUUGUUAGAUAAGAUUCAAGGUAAAGCUAAGAACUUUGUCCAAGCUGUGGAGGAAAUCUGUCUGGCAUUUGAAGAGUUACAAAAAGAAAAGUCAAAUAGUCUGAGAGAUGAUACUGAUAGAUCAAGGCCUGGAUGUGAGGUAUCCUCUGCUGAUCCUGUUGAGGAUGAUGGAGCAGAGUCUGAUUUAAAGAAUGGAACAGCGGCUGCCAGACCCAAUGAACAAACUACAAUUGAUGGAGGUGAUCUACAGUCCCACAAAGGUGAAACUGAUAAUGAAGAUACAAAGCCAUCUGUUUCAGGUUGUGCAGGUGGGGGCUCAUCUCCCAUUAUUUCUUCUGAGAGAAAGCAUAAAAUAUCAAAUGGUGCACAACCUAAGGUUGAGUUGUCUGCAUCCUCUUUGGAUGAUCUUUCUGAUAUGAAGGAGGUUUCUGGUGAUAAAACAUCACAUAUUGAUCAUUCUAAGUACCCAAAAAAUGGUCAGAAAAAUUUUACAGAUGAUCAGAAGUCAAAGAAGUUUGCUUCUGGAUUAAGGAGAAGAUCUGAAGAUGUGGUUGAGGGACACAAAAAUAGCAGCUCAGUUGUGACACCAAUGAAGGAUGAGAAGUCUGACAGUUGUGUUGAUGUGCCUGAUUCUGAGGAGCAACUGAAGGAUGGAGUAAAAGAAAAGGUUUCUGGCAGCAGAGUGAGGAGUUUUUCAUCAGGAGCUCUUAAAACAUAUUCAAAUCACAGUGGUGGUAGAAAAGAAAAGGAUUUGCUGAAAGCCAAAAGAAAUGUUAAGCGCUCUGGUAUUGCAUGGGAUGCUUUGGUCAAUUCAAAGGCUGAGACAUCUGGUAAGAAAAAAAGUGGUGUGCCUGGACUUGAAAGGCCCAAGUUAGAAAUGGAUGAGAUUUUAUAUCCUGCCAAAAUGUCCAAGUGUAUAGAUAUUAAAAAUGUUGCUUCUAAGGGAUCACAAGGGAGAAACAUGAAUCAUGCUUCAAGCUCUAAUAAUGACAAUGAUAACACAGCUAAACAAUCAGAGUUCAAAAGAGUGACUCCACCUGUUUUAGCAUUGCGAGCCCCAACAGCAAUGGGGUCUGGUAAUUCUGGUGAUGAAGCAGAGCUUUCCCAAGCAAAGCGCCGUCGGAGGGCUUUGGAACCUAGGUCUGACUCUUCUGAUUGUAAAUUUGGAAAAAAUUCACGUGAUUUGAAGAUUGGUGCUUCCAGUUCCAAUAAUGUCAAAAUUCCAGUUAGCCAAUCACUGAAAAAGCGAAGAGCUGUUUGCCUAUAUGAUGAAGAUGAGGACGAUGAUAAACCAAAAACUCCUGUUCAUGGAGGAUCUGUGAGGAAUGUUAAAGAACCUUUAUCUGUUUCUGAUGUUUCUAAUAGAACUGGUCCUCAUCAUAUGGGUUCUUGUGCUCAGCCAAAAGUUGGUGGUUCUGCUGGGUUUGAGAAUGUUGGUUCAAAGGAGGUCUCUGCACAAGGAGAAAUUGGGCCUUCCUCACUUGUUCUUCCUCGAACUGUUGAGAGGAAGCCAGCUGCUUAUGUCUCCCUUAGUCCUAAAAGGUCAGAGGCUGAGCCUUUGUCUUCUAAGGAGAUCAAGCCAGUUCCAAUUUCCCCAAAAAAGUCUCCUCUUUCAGUCUCUGCUACAAAACCAGUUGUUGAGCAACAUAAAGGCACCAGAGCUCCCACUAAAGUUUCCAACAAUGGAACUCAGAAAAAGACUCAGCCUGGAUCAGCAAAGGGAUCGGUUUUGGGUUCUGGAAGUUUAAAGUCUUCUCAAAAUCAGGUAUCGGGUCAAAGAAAUAAGCCAGCAGCUUCUGUUGAUAGACCAAAAUCUACUCCAAAAGCAAUAUCAAGGAUAAAUGAUGGUGGUGGUGUUCCUUCGGAAACUUUGAUAGGACUUGAUACUGGUAUAGAAGAUAGGAGUGGUUCACUGAUUGAUUCCAAGACUCCAGAUUCAGUUAUGUCUAUGAAGCACCUUAUUGCGGCUGCUCAAGCAAAGAGGCGACAAGCUCACUCUCAACAAUUUACUCUUGGAAAUGCCAGUUCUGUUUUGAUGUCGAUUUCUGAUUUAAAGGGCAGGAGUCCAAGCCCAUCUACAGUUCACCCCUUUUUGUCUGCUAUUGGCAAUUCUAUGCAGGGUGAUGUACAGGGAUUCCCUCAUCAAGCUAAUUUAAUUUCUCCUUCAAAUCUUAGUCACCAGGCAGCUUCACAAAGUCUACCAGAAACAGAAGAGAUUGAGGAAAGAAGGGCCAGCUCUGGACAUAGAGCUGCAGGAGGCUCACUUAGUGGUGAUACAGAGGCAGCCGUUGCUCGAGAUGCCUUUGAAGGAAUGAUAGAGACUCUUUCCAGGACUAAAGAAAGUAUUGGGCGUGCAACCCGUCUUGCUAUUGAUUGUGCCAAGUAUGGCAUUUCCAAUGAGGUUGUGGAACUUCUCAUUCGGAAGUUGGAAAGUGAGCCUGAUUUAAGUCAUAGAAUUGAUCUCUUCUUUCUGGUGGAUUCAAUCACCCAGUGUUCUCAUAAUCAAAAAGGCAUUGCGGGUGCUUCAUACAUCCCUACAGUUCAAGCAGCACUACCACGUCUACUUGCAGCUGCUGCUCCAUUGGGGAAUAGUGCUCGUGAAAAUCGCCGCCAGUGUCUCAAGGUUUUAGGGUUGUGGCUGGAUAGGAAAAUUUUUCCUCAGUCUGUUUUGAGGCGCUACAUGGAUGACUUUGGAGGUUCAAAAAAUGACACAAUUACUGGGUUUUCCCUUAGACGUCCUUCUCGAUCAGAACGUGCUAUAGAUGAUCCCAUUAGAGAAAUGGAAGGCAUGCUCGUUGAUGAGUAUGGCAGCAAUGCUACAUUUCAAUUGCCUGGCCUUUUAUCAUCUAAUGCAUUUGAAGAAGAAGAGGACGAAGAUCUUCCUAGCAGUUCGUGUAAAGAUGCUUGUGAUGCAUCACCAGUGGAGCUUGCUUGUGCUGUAGUAGAGUCAGAAACAUGCAUGGUUACUCCUAAUGACAGGCGGCAUUGCAUCUUAGAAGAUGUGGAUGGUGAGCUUGAAAUGGAAGAUGUAUCUGGGCACUUGAAAGAAGAAAGACCAUUCACAAAUACAUCUCUUGAAAUGGAUGUGCAGCAGCAGGGCAUGGAUAGGUUACGAGAACUGGCUUCCAAUAGUGGCAAUGAGUUUUCCCCUUUACUUGAGGGAUCUCCUCCAUUGCCCCCUGAUUCUCCUCCUCCAUUGCCACCUUUGCCUCCUUCGCCACCCCCACCCCCACCCCCACCUGCAUCAUCUCCAUCACCACCUCCCCCUCCUCCUCCCCCUCCCCCAACACAGCCACCUCCUCUUCCUGCACCGCCAUUGGGCCCUCCACCAUCGAGCCCUCCACCAUCCUUUGCACCUCAACCACUGGCACCACCUCAAUGUACGUUACUGUCCCAGACACCAGUGAAGUCUUCUCAGUUAGCAUAUCAAACCACUGUACCUCAUGAAUUCCCCAGCACAUCUAAUGGUAACCAAAUUGUUCAAAGAGUAGUAAAUACUUCACAAGGGGCACAUAUUGAUGCUGCUGGGAAAAGUGAAUUGUUUCCACAGCAGUCGUCUUGCUUUGCUCCAAUUAGGGUCUGCACUUCUCGAGAACCUUCAGGAUAUAAUUCUUCUAGGCAAUUGGAAUAUGGACAUAAUGACAUUUAUUUAAAUUCCCAAUCUUCUCAACCAAGCCAGCAAUUUCAACCAAGUAAUACAACCUUUGUGCAAAGGCCUUUACAUCCUAGCUUGCCUCAAAAUCCAUCCAGCCAUUUCUCAUUCACAAAGCCUGCAAUUCCUCAACAUCCCCAGCAUUCAUAUCCUCCAUACUCCUUGCCGCCUCAGCAUGAUAGCCGGAGGCAAUAUGUGGCUGAUGAACAGUGGAGGAUGCCCUCAGCUGAAUAUAAUGCUGAUAAUCAGCGGGGAGGGUGGGUGGCAGGAAGAAAUCCAUCCCAUCCAGGUCCUUUGUCUGUCCAGGAAGGUUAUUUUAGGCCGCAGGUUGAAAGGCCACCCCCAAAUAAUUUGGUUUUUCCAAUUAACAUGGCUAACAACUUACCAGCAGGAGCUCCUAGUUCAGGUCAUGUUGUUUCUCACAUGUUGCCAUGUCGACCAGACAUGUCUACUGUUAAUUGUUGGAGACCAGCUUGAGAGUGAAGAAAUUACAUUGUGUUUUAAUUGUGGCGAUACAAGUUGCUUUCAAAGAGCAAUUCAACUUGUGGAUAUAAUUGAACAACCACUCCAAGGCACUGUUGGAUAACUUGCGGACACUCUUGGCAGGAUUGUGUAUAUUAUAAUUUUUCCUGACAAAUGUAUCCAGGGAACAUUUGCUUCUGAGUGUAGGCCCAUGUUUCUGACUUGGUUAGUACAUCUGUUUCUUAACCCCUUGUCCCUGUAAUUAUAGUGAGCAUAUAUAGCUUUAAAGAAGCGACAAAUUUUAACUUUGUUGAACUUACCAACUCAUUUUUUUUCAAAGUUUAUUUGUACAAAUUGCAUUAUUAUUUUACUAUGCACAUCUAUUGCAUUGUACUUGUGUUGAUCGCAUAUGUGGCUUGCCUUUUCUCUUCUUUUGGUGAUGUCCUCACAUCAAUAUAGAAUGUGGAGAUUAAAUGCUAUCUGCAUCAUCAGCUUGUAACGAAUUAGGUGGUCUUUAGAUCAAAGGAGCUUCUUGACCUUAUAUGGCUGUCUUUAGCUUGGCAUUUGGGGAUAAAAGAUGCAUCUGAAUUGCUAUGACAUGUGGUUAGCCUUCUAUUUGGUAAGGUCUUGUUCUUGAUGGUUGUGCAUCCUCAUAACUUCUGUCGGAUGAGUUUAUUUCAAGAACAUAGAGAUCAAAUGCUAUCUCAAUCAUCAGUUUGUAACAAAUUAGGUGUUCUUUGGAUUUUGGGAGCUUUAAUCCUUCAGGUUUUGAAGUUACUCUAUAUUAGCCUUUUAAAAAUGUGACAAACUGAAAUCUAUGUAAUUGAAAAUGUUUCAUUUCAACGAAAGGGUUGAAAAUCAAAUCAUUCCCCAAUUCUUGAAAAUAAAUGUCUUUCUAUGGAUUCUAGGUAACCAAAAUCUUUUUCUUACAUGGGAGAGUUCUGUUUGGUGAAGUGUCAACUUCUAAUGUAGAGAAGCUAUUCUAACUAUGGAUCCUUCAUGCAAUUACAAUGAAAAAUAUAGUUACUCAAAUAGAUAUGUAAUUAAACCUUAUUUUAUAAUGGUUCAGGUCAUCUACAUGAAUCCUUUUCCAGUCAAGGAUAUCAUGGUAUCUAAGUCAUAAUUCUCUAUGUCCUCAAUUUUUGUUUUGGCCUCAAUCUCAGAAAUAGUUUUAUUUCUUGCUUUAUUAUGUGUGAUUUGAGAUGCAUUUUUACAUCUUCAUUUGAGCUACAUUCAUCUUAUGAAUCUGCUUAUGAGAACUUUGUGUUAAAAUUUGACUUUGUUAAUUAAAAGAAGUUAGAUGUUUUGGUAGGCAAAUGGUGCUACUAUGCCAAAUUUUGAUGUGUACAUUGUAAAAGCUGUCAAAAUUGACUUCAAAUAAAUUCAAAACUAGCUUGUAUGUAAAAGCCAUAAUAAGAGUUUUAUUUGGGAAAUUUGAAACUCUGGUAAAUUUGGAAAUGAAAGUUUGUUGCAGUCUGGAAAAGUGAAACUUCAUUUAUGAUCUAACUUCUUGCUGUUUGCUGAUGAAAUAGUGAGAUCAUAAAAUUAUUUUCUGCUUUUUCCUCCUUUCCUUGUUCCUGUCAAACUUCUUUAUCAGAAUGUCGUGCUGUUUUGUCUUAAUAAAAGUUGAUCAUUCAG